CAUGCCUCAAGCAACGCAAGUUUUUAUCAUGGCUCAAUCGCGCAGGCCUAUUUUCUUCAACAACAAGACUGGACCAGUCCAAGUCGACUCCGAUCUCUCCGUCGUACACCAAUUCCACCAACAGCUUCCCAACUAUUCGCGAACACCGCUCAUUUCUCUGGACGAGGUCGCAAAGAAGCUCAAAGUCAAAUCUGUCUUCGUCAAAGAUGAGAGCAGCCGACUUGGUCUCCCGGCCUUCAAGAUCCUUGGUGCAUCAUGGGGAUCGUGUCGCGCCAUCAUAGCCAAGACUGGCAUUCCUACCGACUCACCUCUCGAGAAGAUCGCGCAAGCUGCACAGAAGGAAAGCAUUGUGCUCUUCACUGCCAGCGCAGGCAAUCAUGGACGAGCCCUUGCUGCCAUGGCCAGGAUCCUGGGGAUCCAAGCUCGUAUCUAUGUACCCCGCACAGUCAAUGAUGAAGCCAUUCGCCUCAUCUCUUCAGAAGGUGCGAAGGUUACUGUCUCGAAGAAAGACUAUGAUGGUGCCAUGGGUGAGGCUUGGGACGAGGCGAGUACCACUCAAGGCGGACUUUUUGUUCAGGACACCGCUUUCGAGGGAUACGAGGACAUUCCGAAAUGGAUCGUCGAAGGCUACUCCACUCUCUUGUCCGAGAUUGAAGAGCAGCUAGAGGAAGAGGGCCUGAAAGCAGAUCUUGUAGUCACUCCGGUCGGAGUAGGUUCUUUGGCACACGCUGUUGUGCGUCAUUGCAAGUCGAAAGAUCGCAACUGCGCUGUCAUGUCAGUGGAGCCUGACACCGCAGCGUGUCUGUACAAAAGCUUAGCGGCCGGCAAGUCGACACCAGUACUUACCACAAAAACCACAAUGGAGGGUAUGAACUGUGGCACACUCUCAUCGACUGUGUUCGAGGACCUGCAGCAAGGUAUCGACGCAAGUGCAACUGUUUCAGACUUCGAGUCACACCAAGCCAUUCAGUAUCUAGCAGAGAGAACUGUCAACAGCGGCCCCUGUGGUGGUGCAUCCCUUGCUGCAUUAUGGCGUCUUGCAGACACCCCCUCACGUCCUGUGUGGCUUGCUGAGGACGCUGUAGUGGUCAUUUUCAGCACCGAGGGUCUGCGUGACUACGAGAAACCUCUAGACGUAUCCAGCGACGAUCCUGUUCAGCUUACUCAGAUAUUGACGACGAUCAACUCCUCAAAUCCUGAUCUAUCUGAAGCCGCUGGAGCUGGAGAGACCGCGAUCGCGAACUACGUCAAUGCGUGGCUGCAGCACCGGGGUAUGGAGGCGCAUUGGGUCGAAGCCCAAUCUGGGCGACCGUCUGUCGUGGGCGUUCUCCGUGGAACCGGAGGUGGGAAGAAUUUGAUGAUCAACGGCCACAUCGAUACCGUCAGCCUUUCUACGUACACUUCAGGGGACCCGUUGAGCGGAGAGUUGAGAGAUGACCGCAUCUACGGCCGAGGUUGCUUGGACAUGAAGGCUGGUGUUGCUGCAGGGAUGGCAGCUAUGGUGAGGAUAGCAAACUCAGGCACCCGGCCAAGCGGCAAUGUCAUCCUUGCGGCCGUUGCGGACGAGGAGAAUCUUUCAAAGGGUACCGAAGCUGUCCUGGAGGCUGGAUGGAAGGCAGACGCAGCGCUUGUCACUGAGCCAACUCUACAAGACAUCGUGACGAGUCAUAAGGGUUUCGUCUGGUUCGAGAUUGACGUACUGGGAGUUGCGGCGCACGGCUCCCUGCCAGAGGAGGGUGUAGAUGCCAUUCUCCUCGCUGGAUAUCUGCAGACUGCCCUGCUCGACUACGCCAAGAAGAUGCCUUCAGAUCCUCGUUUAGGGCAAGCCUCACUACACGGUGGGCGCAUCGUUGGUGGCGAAGAGCCCUCCAGUUACCCAGCCAUGUGCACUCUUACAGUCGAAUUCCGCACAGUACCAUCACAGUCGCCAGAGUCCAUCAUGGCGGAUCUCGAAGACUUACUGAGCAAGCUUGCAAACAAAAUCCCGAACUUUAAAUACAGCAGCCCGCGCAUCACUUUUUCACGCCCUCCAUCCGGUCUGGCGGAUGAUAACUCAUUCGUACAGUCGUUCAUCGCGUCUGCGGCGAAGACGCUUGGCAACGCGCCAUCGCCCACAGGCAGAGCGUUUUGGUGCGAUGCUGGAUUAUUAAACCAAGCUGGUAUACCUUCUAUUGUUUAUGGACCGAAGGGAGAGGGACUUCAUGCUAAGGAAGAGUGGGUAAGUGCUUCGAGCAUUCGCGAAGUGACCAACGUGCUGGAGACAACGAUCCGGGAUUUCUGCGCAUGAGUCCGCUGUGCGUGUUAAAGCAAGGCAAUAAAUAAAAUUUCUACAUGAAAUACAAGCAAU